ACCGGAGAAGAGGGGACGAGCAAACGCGAGAGGAGGGGAGACCCGCCGCCUCCCUCCUUCGUUCGCUGACUUGCUCCCUCCCGGGCUGCGGCUGCUGCAAGGGCGGCAGCGGCGGCGGCGGCGGCGGCGGGAGCAAUCUGGAGGCCGGCGUCGAGGGGCUCUCUCCCCUCUCCGGUCUCAAGAUGGCAGCCAGCAGCUCUGAGGUCUCUGAGAUGAAGGGGGUUGAGGAGAGUCCGGAGACCCAGGGAGAAGGGCCUGGCCAUUCUGAAGCUGGAGCUAGCCCUCUCCAGAUCCUAGCAGAGGUCCCAGACCAGCUAGAGGCCCCGCAGCCAGGCCCAGACACCUCUGCAGCCCCUGUGGACUCAGGGCCCAAUGCUGGGCUGGCUCCAGAAACUACAGACACCCCAUCUGGGGCCCCAGAAACAGCCCAGGCCACAGACCUUAGCUUAAGCCCAGGAGGGGAAUCAAAGGCCAACUCCAUCCCUGAAGAGGCAUGCCAAGAGCCAGCAUCCAAACCAGAAGUGAACAAAGAGGCCACUGCAGACCAGGGGUCUGAGCAGGAAUCUGCAGCCCCUCCCAAGCCAGCCUCAGAGCCUGCUUCCCAGCAAGAACCCCAAUCAGAUCCUCAGCCAGCUUCCCAACCCACCCCCAAACCAGCCCUUCAACCAGAGCCCCCUACCCAGGGGGACCCCACCCCUGAGGUCCUGACAGAAAGUGUGGGGGAAAAGCAAGAGAAUGGGGCUGUGGUUCCUUUACAGGCUGGGGAUGGGGAAGAGGGUCCAGCCCCCGAGCCUCACUCCUCACCCUCAACAAAAAUGCCCCCAGCCAAUGGGGCUCCCCCCCGUGUGCUGCAGCAGCUGGUUGAGGAGGACAGAAUAGGAAGGGCUCACAGUGGGCAUCCAGGAUCUCCCCGAGGUAGCCUAAGCCGCCACCCCAGCUCCCAGUUGGCAGGUCCUGGGGUAGAGGGAGGUGAAGGCACCCAGAAACCUCGGGACUACAUCAUCCUUGCCAUCCUGUCCUGCUUCUGCCCCAUGUGGCCUGUCAACAUCGUGGCCUUCGCUUAUGCCGUCAUGUCCCGGAACAGUCUACAGCAGGGGGACGUGGAUGGGGCCCAGCGGCUGGGCCGAGUGGCCAAACUCUUAAGCAUCGUGGCGCUGGUGGGGGGGGUCCUCAUCAUCAUCGCCUCCUGCGUCAUCAACUUAGGCGUGUAUAAGUGAGGGGCUCUGCCCUGCAUUCCAAGACUUUUCUUCCUGUUGGGAGCUGCCUUGGGUCCAUCCCUCCCUUGGGGGGAGCCCAAUCGAUGGCCUGGCCCCCAUCCCUAGGGACCAAGGGAGCCUGAGCGGCCUUGUUUACAGCUUCUUUCCUGCUCCUGCAUCCUGCCAGGCUCCUCUGCCAACCGUAGGCCUCCCCCUCCCUUGCACUGUUUCCAACUUCCCUGCACUUCUGCCUGUGGAUAACCCCUCCAGCCUCUUGGUCUCCCUAACUCUGCACUUCUGGAAACCUCCCUACUUCUGGAGACCUCCCUGAACAUCUCCCAAACUCUGAGCUCUCGGCGUCCCUGCAUCUCUCCCAGUCUUCCUGCACUUUCCCCAGCCUCCUGAAUUCUCGCAACCUCAUCCCUGCCCUCCUUUUCCCAACUUUCAUUGUCUUGGCAUCCAACCCAUUCCUUGCCUCCUUCCCUUAUCAUUUUCCCUCCCCUUUCUACAUCCCCCACCCCCUUCCUCUUUCAGCCUACUCAUCUUUCCUUAGCGUCCUCUCCUCCACCCUUCUGCCAUCAUUUAUUCUGCAAGAGCUCCAGCACUUAGAUCAGGCUGGGGGAAAGGGAGCAGUGUUGGGAGAGGGCUACCUAGCCUGGGGCUCCGACUGUUCUUUGCUGGGACUACCCUGGUUCAGCUCCCCGCCCCCGCCCCGCCCCGCGCGCCUUUUGGGUCGAAGAGCUGUGAGCCAGGCCGCACCUGGAGACUUGUGCAAGGGUGGAGACAUUUCUGAACACAGGGGAGUAGGGAGUCGUGAAGGCGGUUGAGGAGUCAGCUGGGGUUGACCCGCCCACCUGGGCUUUUUAACCUCAGUCUGCGAGCUUCUUGCUUAAAGGUGUAAGAGUUCGGGCCACUUGCGUGCUUUGUAACGAAAGAAGCCCAAAAAAUAGGACCAAAGCUCUCAGUAGCAGGGAGUGAGGGAGGGGCGGGUGAGCUCUGUAAUUGUUUUCCAAGAGGAAGAGGGAGGUUUGUUGCACGCGACAGCCGCUGAGGAAGCAGGGAGCCAAAUACGACUAGGUUUAGAGUUGGCGGGUUUUUUGUUUUCUAAAAAAAAAAAAAAAAAAAAAAAAAAAGUCUGGGGAAAAAAACUAAAAUUCCUUUAAGAAAAAUAUAUCAAACCGAUUUUCCCUUUUUGUAUGCUGAAUGCUGCAUGAGUCUGGAACACCAAUAAACGGAGACUGCAUGAGA